CGAGGUCGGCGUGGCGGGUUGCUAGGAGACGGUGCUCUUUUGAAGGAGAUGAAACAGCCGAGGAAGGAACGCCAUAGAAGCCUCUCAGUCUUGUUGGUCAAGGCUGUGGUGGUCAGAAGGAGUUGCUAGCUGGCUUGAAGCCAAAGACAUCGUUUCUACAACUCUUCUCUCUGGUUCUCUGUAAGGAGCGUCGGGCAGAGCCAUCACGGCCAACAUAAUGUGUCCAGCAGAUCCAGCCUCGGAGGGUCUGCAGUUUAAAGAACCUUAUGAAAAGUUUAUGUAUCAGCAUCUCCAGUACUAUGGCUAUUUCAGAGGUGAGAGAAAUAUUCCUCCAAGUGUGACUUUCCUUUCUGAGAGCAUAGAAGAAAGCUCUCUCCAUAUGUUGAAACCAGACAUCUUUGGCAAGAGAAGUACAGCAGAACACAACUCAGACAAGAACCUACUCUGUUCAGUUGCGUCAGAGACUGCGCGUCUUAAAAGCAAGCAACUUUUGCUCGACCCUCAAGAGGGUUCUGGUGUUCGGCGCUUACGAGAACCUCGAAAUCUAUCUUCUCUUCCCAAUGGCAGAGAUUCAAUCUUGGCCCCAUUCUGGCCAAUAGAGUGCGAAGUAAUUGAGAAUAGCGUCCAUCACAUUGAAUGGAUUCCCCCUGAACCAGAACCUUUCUAUCAGCCAACAGGAAAUGAAUAUGCACCUGAUGUAGUGGGAGAAGAGCAUGGAACUGUUGUCUAUUCCAUAAAUCCAGCAGCCAAGGGUACCUGUUUCACUGGCUCCCGAGUUGGAGGGUCAAGAGAACCCAUCAAACCAGCGGCACCCUGCUCAAUAGACCCAGAGGACACCAUGCUGUUAUUUGAGUCUCGCUUUGAAAGUGGUAACCUCCAGAAAGCUGUCAGGGUAGGCAAGUAUGAAUAUGAACUCACAUUGCGGACGGAUCUUUAUACUAGCAAGCAUACACAGUGGUACUAUUUCAGAGUACAAAAUACUAGGAAGGAUGCAAUUUACCGCUUUACUAUUGUUAAUCUGAUGAAAGCCAAGAGUCUGUACAGUGUAGGGAUGAAGCCUCUCCUAUAUUCUCAAAAGGAUGCUCAGUUGCAUGGUGUUGGCUGGAGAAGAGAGGGCAGUGACAUCAAAUAUUAUAAAUACAAUACGGAGGAUGGUCAGACCUUGUAUUGCCUCACUUGGACUAUGUCUUUUCGGCACAGCCAUGACACAUGCUAUUUUGCUCACUUCUACCCCUACACCUACUCGGAUCUACAGCGCUAUCUCUUGACUUUGGUGAACAAUCCAGUCUGUUCUCAGUAUUGCAAACUUCGCCCUCUGUGCAGUAGUCUGGCUGGGAACAUGGUAUACCUCCUCACUAUUACCAACCCAUCUAAAAGUGCUGCUUUUGCUGCUGCAAAGAAAGUUAUUGUGCUGAGUGCCAGGGUCCACCCUGGAGAGACAAACAGUUCCUGGGUGAUGAGAGGCUUUCUGGAUUUCAUCUUAAGUGAUGCCCCUGAUGCUCAGCUUCUUAGGGAUCUCUUCAUAUUCAAGAUUGUGCCCAUGCUUAAUCCAGAUGGAGUAAUUGUGGGAAAUUACCGCUGCUCACUAGCAGGAAGGGACUUGAACCGGAACUACAGGACAUUGUUGAAGGAAUCCUUUCCUUGCAUUUGGUACACUCGGGCCAUGGUCAAGAGAGUCCUUGAGGAACGUGAAAUUCUGCUGUAUUGUGACUUGCACGGGCACAGCCGGAAGAAUAAUGUUUUCAUGUAUGGCUGUAACAACAAACAUACAAAAGAACUGUUACUUCAUGAACAAAUCUUUCCUCUUAUGCUGAGCAAGAAUAUUCCUGAUAAGUUUUCUUUCAACAGCUGUAAGUUUCGGGUUCAAAAGUGUAAAGAAGGCACAGGACGGGUUGUGAUGUGGAGAAUGGGAAUAUUGAAUAGUUACACUAUGGAGUCUACAUUUAGUGGGUCAACACUAGGCAGGAAAAGUAAUUCUCAUUUUACUUCUGAAGAUCUCAAAACUUUGGGCUAUCAUCUCUGUGACACUUUGUUGGACUUUUGUGACCCUGACCGUUCCAAGUUUCAGCAAUGUCUGUCUGAACUUAAAGAGCUAAUGAAGCAAAAAAUACAGAGGAAGCUUUCGGAGUUGGGCCAUGAACAAAAUACAGAUGGCACAUGGAGUGACAUAUCUCUGUCCGAUGUUGAAUCAAGCACAAGUGGCUCUGAUAGCUCCCAGUCUGAUGGUCCCCCUGCACAUUUGAUCAGCAUGAUAGAAAAGGAUUAUAAUGAGAAGAAGAAAAAGAAGAAGAAAAAGAAACGUCUACGCAUGAGAAAGGAAAGGAAUAAUUUGCAUCAGAAUCAUGCUGAGAGACAUGCACCGAAGGACAAGGAAGAUGUUCUGGAAAGCACAAUUUCUCCAAGCCAUGAAAAGUGUCAUAGCCUUUCCAAAGGAUCACAGAGAGACAACAAUUCAGAACAGAAGAGAAAGCAGAUGAAUCGAGUAAUCUUUAUGUAUCAGGCCCAAAAUAUAGAAGAUACUGCCUGUUCCAGUUUACAAAAAGAGGACCUGAAUAACUUUCAAAAGUUUCAAGAGCCUCCCUUGGGUAAACAGAUUAUUCCUUUGCUUGAAUAUGAGAUGAAGAUUACAAAGCCUCAGCCCCUCCUUCUAACAACAAUUUCACCAUUGCGACAGAGUCUCCCAAAAACACUUGUCAAACUGCAUCCAUCUCCCGUUCAUGGGCAGCCCAAUGGUGAACUUCAUGGGAAGAAGAAUCCAGGCCUCUCUGUUUCAUCAUCUUCUCCUGGACUUAAACGAUACAGGUCCCUAUGGUGUUAUCCUGAAGUGCCUACUGUGAAUUUAAUGCUGCGUCGAAGCCUAGCUUUAAAAUUCCAGAGUUCUUUUGACAAUGGCAGACUGUGGCACAUGAGCCAAAGCAGGUCACAGAUUAUUUCCCAUGGAGAAUUCAAGUGGAAACCUCUCCAAGUUGACCGCAUGCUUCUAAGAACAGAGAGUAGAUACCAUGCCAAAGGCAAGGGUCCAUCAAGCAAGAUGGAACAAAAACAUUCAUUGCUAGAGUGCUGAGAGGAGUCCAAACACACCAUUUGAAAGAACUACACGUCCCUUCCAUUAAACCUCAACAUUUUUAAUAAUUCACACAAGCAACUGGUCACUCUCCUGUUCUACACUUACUAUAAGAAUUUGACAUACAGUUGUCUGUAUUUUUUUGAGAAAAGCAAAGCUGGCAUUUUGACAAAAGUGGGGGGAGGAGUGAAAAUGGGCGGUAUAGCUGAGAUGAAAGGGAAGUGGUUUAAUUGGCUUCUAUUAAUAAGCUAGCAUAAAACAUUACAAGGAAUACAGACUUUCCACAACUGAGUUUUCCUCCUUAGAGAAAUAAUGGGCGGUUGAGAUGAGGGGUCUUACAAGGAAGAACUUGUAGGGAAAGAAUGCUUCAACUAUUAUGCUGUUAGCUUUUGUUCUGCAACUGCCCCCCCGGCUGUUUUUUGCCAUAACUUACAACUAUGAUGAGCUCCAAAGACAGCUCAUGUGGAAAUAGCCAAUUGAUGUUUCAUUUGCAGAAUAGAGUCUAUGAAUGCAAAAGGAUUAAGCACUCUUUGUUCCUGGUAUUUGUCUGAUUCUCUACUACCAAUGGCUCCGCCAUCACUAUACUCAUGUUACAUCAGCAAAUGUGGGUUUGGGAAUUGACAUCUACUGAGAUACCUGCUGAUUUCUAUAUAUUUCCUUAUCCCUGUUAAGUAUAAUUAACUUUUUUAUGAUAAAGAUUGAACACCUGAUAAUUUUAUUUUUACAUUUUUUAUCUUUCUUAGAUGUCUAUAUACAGGUGGGUACUAUUAUAACUUAAUGCAAGUCUGCCAGUGCAGUGCUUGAACCACACAAGGAACAAAUUGUAGGCACAUAUUGUAUUAAUUUUUUUAGGUCAUAAGGUAAUGCUAUCAUUUCCCCAGUUUUGAAGGUUACUCUAACUGGAGUCUCCUUCUAUUCUGUCUCUUCUGCUGCUGUACUCUAAUUUCCAUUGUAUUCACAAGUUUUCUUCUUGUUCUAGGAUGAAGAGUGUAUCAUUAGAGCUUAAUAAAAAAAUACUGGUGCCACA